AUGGAGUUCGCAAUUGGCGCGGGUGCCGCGGUAUGCGCGGGCUUUUUCACCAACCCGAUCGACGUAAUCAAGAUCCGCCUACAACUACAGGGCGAACUUGAGGCUCGAGGUUCCUACAAAAGGAUCUACCGCAACACCUUUCACGCUGCCUACAUAAUCGCUCGUCACGAAGGUAUCUUCGCCUUGCAAUCGGGUCUAGUGCCGGCACUUGGCUUUCAAAUGGUACUCAACGGUAUCAGGCUUGGCUGUUACAACCUCGCUAAAAGGUAUGAGUUCACGGUGAAUGAUGCCGGCCAGGUCGACAUUCUGAGAAGCCUGCUUGUGUCCGGAGGCGCUGGUUGUGUGGGCUCCGCUCUAGCCAGUCCUCUUUACUUGGUGAAAACGCAACUGCAAUCACAGGCAUCGGGCAGUAUAGCGGUCGGUACGCAACAUCAUCAUAGUGGCACGUGGUCAGCUUUACGCUCUCUGUGGCGGGAAGGACGUUUUCGAGGAUUGUACAGAGGUUGGCAUGUUGGUGUGCCCAGGAUCAGCAUCGGUUCGUCGACUCAGUUGACGACUUACAGUGUCGUUGCUGAUUGGCUUAAACCGAUACAGAUAUUCGAUAACAGGCCACUGUGGCUGACUUUUGUAGCAUCGCUAGCCGGUGGUACUUGCGUAGCUGUGACAAUGCAACCGUUUGACGUCGUCGCUACGAGAGUGUACAAUCAAAAAACCGAUGCAUCCGGCAGAGGUGUUCUUUAUGGAGGAUUGUUCGACGCCUUUUUCAAGAUUCUAAAGACCGAGGGCAUCACAGGCUUGUAUAAAGGAGUGUUUCCAACCUGGCUAAGAAUAGCUCCGCACACGGUCCUUUGUCUCGUUUUCUACGAGAAGUUCGACCAGUAUUACGGUGAAAAUUUUAGGUAG